UAAAAGCGUGUUCGACACAGCUGUGACGAUAAUCGGAGUAUAGUGCGCACUUGACAUUUCGGUUUGCCUUUAGGGAGGGAGCGCUUAGCUGAUCGAAGUCACUAAAUGUAGGGGUUGUGACCUCCUCGCCUUCGGUGAUGACGUGUGGUUGGUUUUCGUAGCGUUUACUGGAUACGUUGAACCGACAAAAUUGUAUAAUUCAUGACCUACGUUGAAGAAUUGAUCGUAGUGCGUACUCAAUGUCUCUCUCUCUCAUCCAGACGUUAAUGCGUGUGACAUAUGUCACGUUAUCGACGGGAAUGUGCUGUGUUUUUGUUAAUUUAGCUUAUUUCCUAACAUUUAUUUAGCUUUUAUACAUUUACUUACUGUUGAAUUAUGAAAAAAAAACCUUACAAAUAAAUCGAUAUUUUACUUAAUUUUAAUACAGUAAUAUUGUUUCUCGUGGAUCUUCGACGCCCGUCACAGUCUCUUUACGUAGUCAAGAAGAAUACAUUCGAUAUAGUCAAGAGCAAAUUAGAUCUAUACCGUCAAGAACUGUUCCAUCUGUUACAAAUGGUGGUCCUCAUGACAUGAACAAACAAGCUGUGUUAUCGCAACCGUCGUCUGUGUCCAAUAUAUAUGCUUCAGUCUCGGGACCACAGCACACCCAAGCUGGGAUGCCUGGUUCAAAUCAUGGGCCUAAUACAUUAGUUCAACAGACACAAACACAGUUACAGUCUCAAGGUCAAACACAAUCUAAUAUGCAGACUUAUUUUCAUACACGUCAGAAUACUUCUAACGCACUACCAUACAACACACGAACUAGUGGUAUGACAGUUAUAUCAUCAUCAGGAAUAUCAUCAAAUGCUCAUCAGUAUACAGGACAAAUGUCUAACAAUAGUAUGUAUGCAGCUCAGGCUACCUAUGGAACACACAUUAAUUCACAGCCAAUGAUUAUACCUUCUGCUGUGCCAAUGACAAUCCAAUAUUCACAGAAUCAAUUCCAGACUGCCCAAUAUCCUAUUUCAUCGUCGCAGCAUGUGAUAUAUCGACCAAACAAUGCACAUACAUACUAUAAUACUUCUGGUACAAUGUAUUUUUCUCCUAUUCAAAUACCUGGUGGAAGAUCAGCAAAUUCCACUAGUUCAAAUACUACAUCUUCAGUUCCUCCCAAAAGGAAAAAAAAGAUAAUAUGCAUACAAGAUCCAUCUGGCAAAGUUAUUACUGAUGAAAUAAUUAAUAUGAAUGCAAAUAAUGCUAAUACAAAUGUUGGAACAAGCUCACAAAACGAUUCAACCCAACAAACUUCCAGUAUAGCUGCUCAGUUUGCCGAACAAGUUGCAGCACUAGCUUCAAGGACCUCACCUACAUUAUCUUCCGCUUCAACAGAUACAACUGAAGGAAAGCUUAAUCAAACAGAGGAUUCUCAAGCAUUUUAUGAAGAUAGUCCACAACGUUACAAUUUAGCAGAGAGUCUAAAAUUUCCUCCGCCAUUAAUAUCUGCAGAACAGCUUGAUAGUUGCAUAGAAAUUUCUCCGUCUCUACCGGAAGAAUUAAGUAAUGUCGCAAGUGAAAAAUGCAAUAACGUUGUUGAUAAUUGUAUACAUGAACAUCAUAGUAGUGAGGAAAAUAUUAAUUUAUCAAAAACAAAUAAUAUAUCUGUUACCCAUGAACAUUUAGAAAUUAAUUCAAAUAAAAAGAAUAAUUUUAUAAAAGAAAGCAAUAUAGAGGAUAUUAAAGUAGAUGAUUCUUUAAAAGAAAAUUUAGAUAAAAAUAGGGAGCAAGAACAAAUUCAAAUUGACGAGAAUUGUUUUCCAAAAGAAACAAAAACCGAAAACAUUCCUAGUGUCUCUGAAUUCACUCCCGAAGACGUCGAGUUAUCAGAAGAUAAAAGUGAAAAUGUUGAAUCUGUGACAGAAAAUGAAGAUACUUCUAAAGAAUUAGAGGAUUCAAAUAAAAACUUACCAGAUGAAAAGUUGACUGAUUCAUCUAAUUUGACUGAUACUGUUGUUAUUGCUACUAAAACUGUUACUCCUACAACUAUUACUGCUACUGUGAAAAGUGAGACAGUUAAAGAUACAGGAUCUGAAAAAAGCAAUCGUACACACAGUGCAGAUGCAUCAUUAAAUAAUGAAAGCAAACCAGAAGGGAAAGAAGGUAAAAAAAGUAAAGCCAAAAAAUGGAAAGAUCUGAACAGAAAAGGAGAAACAAAAGAGGGUGGUGAUAUGGAUGCAUUUUUAGAUAAAACAGAUGUAAAUACUCAGGAUAUGUCUAUUCCAUCGCUAUCACCUACUCCAGAUUCAAAUGUGGUCGAGGUCAUUCCUCAGAUAAACACUUGCGAAUCGGAUACUGAUUUAUUGGAAGAGAAGAGGAAAGUGGCCGAGAAAAAUGAGGAAAACAUAAGAGUUAGUAUGGAAGUCCAGAAUAGGAUAAAAAAUAAUGAAAAUUCCGUGACUGAAAACUCCAUAAAAGAGCCAGAAUUAAAGUAUAAUUAUUCAGAAGAUCAAUGGAGUCCUAUUAACCCCGAAGGUAAAAAGAUAUACGAUAGGGCUUUCCUAUUAAAAUUGCAAGGAGAACCGCUCUGUUUGCAGAAACCGCGAAAUCUUCCAUCGGUGGAAAUAGUUAAAGAAAAGGCGCAUCUCCAGAAAUUACCGGACGAUAAUCGACCUGCAUCCGCUCCUGUGCCGCCACAAAAUUAUUCGGAUCCCUUCAUGCCGAAUUUCGCUAGCAGGCAGUCGCGCCCGCCUUCUGGAGGAAUUGGAAGAAGACAGAGUCAACAAGGUCGUGAUAAACCUAAAAAGAUAAUUACCAUUUCAAGUUCUUUCAAUCAAGAUGUCAAAUUACACGAAUGUGGAAAUGCCUGGAAGCCACAUGUUAAAAAGGAGAUUGAUGAUGAGGAUGCUGACAGACAGAAAACUCAAGAAUUAGAGAAGAAACUAAGAGGAAUUUUAAAUAAGUUAACUCCACAAAAAUUCCAGACAUUAGUAGAACAAGUGAAGCAAUUACCAAUAGAUAAUGAAGAAAGACUGAAAUGUGUCAUUAAUCUUAUUUUUGAGAAGGCAAUUGAUGAGCCAAAUUUUAGUGUUCCUUAUGCAAAUAUGUGUAAACAUAUUGCAAUGUCGAAACUCAAUGUAAAUACUGGCAAUGAGAAAUCUACAAACUUCAGGAAAGCUUUGCUGACUAAAUGUCAGGCCGAAUUUGAGAAAGAUAAUAACGACGAAAUUAAUUACAAGAAUAGACUUCAGCUGAUUGAAAAUGCAGAAACUGAGGAAAAGAAGAAACAGCUUAGAGAAGAGCUGGAAGAGGAGGAAAGAAAAUCGAGGCAUCGAUCGCUGGGAAACAUAAAAUUUAUUGGAGAACUGUUUAAACUUCAUAUGCUGACUGCAUCAAUUAUGCAUGAAUGUCUGAAAAAAUUGCUACAUCGUGGCGAUGAAGAUUCGUUAGAAUGUUUGUGUCGACUUCUUACGACAAUUGGAAAGGAACUUGAAACCGAGAAGAAGACAUCCAAUACUAACAAACCAAGUUCAUUGAUAAACUCAUAUUUUGAAUCAAUGAAAGAGAUUGUAGUUAGAAGAACAACUAGUUCAAGAGUCAGAUUUAUGUUACAAGAUGUAAUUGAACUUAGAGAGAACAAUUGGGUUCCACGAAGAGACGAGAAUAAUCCAAAAACAAUUGAUCAAAUUCAUCUCGAAGCGCACAGGGAAGCACAAGAACAGCAACAGUUGCUGCAACAAACUGUCUUCCAAAAGAGAAGCUUUGAGGAUCGUAACAUGAAUAGAAAAGGUAGAGGAUCAGCAAAUUAUCAAGACGACGGAUGGAAUAUGCAGUCUAGUAAGACUAAAGGAACCAUAGAUCCCAGCAAAUUAAAAGUUCCAAAGUCGGUUGGUGAGACAGACAUACAAUUGGGGCAUGGUUUUGCUAAGUGGGGUCAAGGUAGCAGCGGUGGUAAUGUUAAAAAUACCAGUCAGGAUUCCGAAAACAAGUCAACUGUGCUUAAAAAUAGGUUUUCGGCAUUAGCGACUGAACAGACUUAUCCUAACUACGAGCCAAGAAGAGGAUCUCAAAGGUCUGCUGCUUCCAGUCGAGAAUCCAGUCGUAGCGGAAGCAAUAAUCCUCCGCCUCCUCUCAGGAAAUCGUCGUCUCAGACGUCAACUAAAGAAAGAAAACAGGCAAUCGAGGCCGUAAAAGACUUCACGAACUCGGAUGGCCAUAAACAAGUUUCUGUGUCACAAACAAACGAGACAUUGACCAAAGAAACAACUCCACAUCUAAUUCUGAAAGGUGGUAAUCUCUCUAAUGAAGAAAUGGAGAAAAAGACUAAACCCCUUAUUGAUGAAUUUUUGCAUAAUUCUGAUUUUAAGGAAGCAAUUCUCUGCGUAGUGGAAACGGUCAAUCCGACGACUGCCCCGGUGUUUAUUUCCUCUGCCAUUUUCCAAGUUUUGGAGCGUUCUAGUCAAAGUCGGCAUUUAAUAGGAGAAUUGAUGCAUCAUCUUGUAAAAAAGAAAAUAAUUACAUUGGAUUUAUAUGUUAAAGGACUGAAGUCUGUUUUGGAAAUGGCUGACGAUUGUGCCAUCGAUGUUCCAAAAAUAUGGCAGUAUUUGGGCGAACUCAUCGAACCAAUGAUCCAGGAUAAUUCAAUUUCAUUAGCAUUCCUCAAAGAUGCUGCAGAACCUUGCAAAGCUAAUGGAACAGCUGGAAAAUUGAUGUCUGAAUUAUUACACAUAGUACUAAAAAAUCAGGGAUCCAAGAGAGUUGCUCAGCUUUGGAAAUCAUCAGGAUUAAGCUGGUCAGAUUUCCUGAAUGAAAAUAUUACAGAUUUCAUAAGACAGAAUAAACUUGAAUGUACCAUAAGUAAGGAUGAUAAUCAACAGCAACCAUUAGAAAAACUGUCGUUCGAUAAAAUAAAAGAAAAAUUGGAUACUUAUUUAAGGAAGGAUGCAGACAACGAGAUAAUAUUUGAUUGGAUCGAUGCCAAUAUUGAAGAGAAGGAUCGGGAUACGGAAUUUGUUCGUGCCUUAGCAACAUCAUUAGUGGAAAAUUCCAUCGAAGGUGAGGUUUCAGUAAGUAGGUUUGAUAAGAAGAAACUGUUGCCUAGGCUACCAUUGUUGCAGAAAUAUUUGGCCCAAAAGAUUUUUCUAGAAUUACAAGUGUUGUACGCCUUACAAGCAAUUGUAAAUCGUUUAGAACAUCCAAAAGGUUUAUUGAUCAAUAUCUUCCAAUUUUUGGAUGACCAAGACAUAAUAUCUGAUGAGGCCUUCAUACAGUGGGAACAGAGCACGGAUCCUGCCGAACAGGAAGGAAAGGGAGUGGCGUUAAAGUCUGUGACGUCGUUCAUGCUUUGGAUACGAGAACAAGAGGACGACUCUAUAGAAGAAAAUUGAUCUUUAUUGUAAAAUUAAAUUUUUUCUUUCAUACUUCACGAACUAAUGGGUUGACCACUUUUUCCAAAACAAAAGUUUGAAUACUACAUCGGGUGAUUCCAGGUUUUAACGAGACAAUGUUGCAAGUGGAUCAACAGUUAGAUUUAUUUUGGAAGAAUUCACUGAUUUGUUGUGGUGUUUAGUGAAUUUGGAUCAAUCUGUUGAUAUCCUGUAAAGCCUUGGCACAUGUACAUUUAGGUUUAAAAAAAAAAUUGGAUCUAAAGAGGGAAAAAGUUGCAGUGCAAAAUUGAGUAAGGCACAAUUUUAUAAGCAAUGUUGCAAGGAAAGAUUCUGGAAGGUUAUCAAAGAGAUCGCUGAUUGCGGUAUUUAAUAAUAAUGAAUUAUUCUGUUGAUAUCCUGUGAUAUCUCAGCUCAUGUACAUUAGAAAAUAUUAAUGAUUCUAAAAAAAACAAGAAAAAAAAGGAAUUAAAUAUAAUAAUUGCAUAAAGUCAACUAAAAUCUACCAAAGUUUUUUGAGAAUAAUUUGUGAAAUGUAUUUAUAUAUAUAUAUAUUCCUUUUCCUCUCUUAUGUUUCAUCUUUAAAGGAAGAAAAAAAUAUUGAUUUACAGGUUCUAUGGGCAAUACUAACUAAAGGGAUUAUUUUUAUUUUAUGUACAUUUGACAGCUAGUUUAGCUAUUUAAAGACGACCGUGUAAAUUAUUUUUUUGUUUCUUCUCCCUCCUAAAGUUAUAUGUAUGUGCAUAUUCACGAUCCCGCAUGAGCUACAACUCCGCAUCACAUAGUUAAAAGAAGUAAUAACGAUAAUAUAACCAGACAUUGCUGAUAUUCUGCAUAUUGUUUAUUUGGAAGAGAGGGUCUCUUUCUAUUUUUUAAUAUUUCAUAUUUUUCUCUUUGAAUUAGCUUAUAUAUGUGGAAGAGAUGCAGAGACUCGUCUCUCAUUGUUUCUAGUUUAUGUUGAUUUACGGUUGCCCGACCCAUGUUGUACAUAUGAAAAAAAAAGAGAAAAAAAAUGGCUCUACUCUUAAAAAAUUAUUAUUAAAAUAUAUUAACAA